AUGAAGCAGUGCGUGUUGGAGAGCGUGCAGCUGGGCCGGGGAGCCGUGGCGCUCAGUUUCGGCCUCUCGGGGCUGCCGGGCGCAGAAGCGCCAGAGGGCCUCCUCGGCGCGGGCGCUUGCGUCUCGCUGCGCCUGGAGCUGGAGAUUUCGCCCAGCGAAAAAGUGGAGCGCGCCGCACAGUGCGCGGGACACGUGCGGCUGCCCCCCGCGCUGGCGGAGGUCGGCGGCGAGCUCAAGCCCGGCAGUUUCUUGGCAGAGAGCGGGGAGGGUGCCGUGUGGUCCUCGCUGCUUCCCGCCUCCCCUGGCCCGGGGGCCGAGCUGGUCCUGCUGGGCGCCAGGCUGGGCUUCCCCUCGAUGGUGAGGCCCCUGCAGCUGCUGCUGGAGGAGCUCGAGCCCCUGGCCGAGGGGGACCUGGGAGCAGCCGGCGCCUCGCCGCGGUGCGGCCUGAGGUGCUGGGGGGGCACGCCCACCACCGACGGCCAGAUCCUGCAGCACCUGCUCCCCGCAGACGUGCCGUACCGGCUCUGGGUCCUGGGCGGCAGCAGGCGCGGCGGUUGCGACCGCUUCGACCUGGAGGCCCGCGCCACGAGCGCGCCGGCGGCUCGGAUGCAGGAGUUCUACCUCGGCCCGCCCGCCUGGCUCUGCGAGGGCGCAGCCUGGCCUCCCCGGCUGGAGCAGCUCGCGGAGGGCGUGCCUCUCCCCGCGCCACGCGCCGUGGCUGGAGGUGCGGCGGGCGGGGCGCUGCGGGCGAGGCGCUUCGCUCUGCGCGACGUGCUGGAGCUGACGCGGCCGCCGCACGCCGAGCCCGGGGUGGACGGGCCGCAGCUGGCGGGCGGCCUGCGCACCCUGGAGCUGCAGGUGACGGACGCGUCGGUGCUGCGGCUGACCACCGACGCAGCGACAGUGCCGGUGCGCCCGCUGCUGAUGCAGGGCAGGUCCGAGCAGGAAUGGCAGCAGCCGCGCCGGCCAGACAGGUGGCCGGCGGCCCAGGUACCGCUAGCAGGGGGCGAGGUUCGGUACAGCAUCCACGCCGAGCUGCCGCCGGGGGAGUACACCCUCGCCUUCGUCACUGACUUCGCGGUGGGGGGCCUCCGGCCUUGCGCGUCCGUCUUCUUGCGGCUUGAGCUCGUGCCGCGGAAGGACUUGGACGCAGUCUCCGCUGGCGACGGCAUAGACGGCGAGUGCGCCAACGGCCGCGGCGAGAACAUGUUGGACGAGCAGGUGAAGGAGUGGACCUCGCCGCUGGACAGCUUCUUCGAGCGCGCCAUGAGCUAUCAGCUCACGCUGCCGCGGCCAGCCUCGCACGCGUGGCAGCCGCAGCAGGGCGUGCAGAAGCUCGCUCGCGCAGAGGUCGACCUCGCAGGCGGGAAGCCUUUCCUCCUGCGCGCCAGCGUGUCCUCGCCCUUCGCUGCGGCCGACAUCGGCAUCCAGGUCUUCUGCGGCUCCGCCGCGGUGGGAGACCCGCGCCCGGCACCCGACGGGACUGGCUACGUGGUCUUGGCAGGGCCGUUCUCCGCGGCGGGCCGCUACGCGGUCGAGGUCUUCCACGUCCCCCGGCGGCCCUUCGGCACCUCCAGCCAGAGGCACUGCGUGACCGUCUCCGUGGACCUCGCCGCGGUGGCCGCGGCCCUGCCGCCGCUGCCGCCGGGCGGCCCCGCCGAGCCCGCGGCCCUGGCGCUGGCCAGCGCGCCGCUGCUGAGCUCGGGGCCCUGCCGCCUGGGCUGCCCGGAGCUGCCGGCGGCGCUGGCGGCGACGCCCGGCCGGCCCGCCGUGAUCGACGGGGAGUUCCUGCUGCCCCGCGGCGGGCGGCAGGACAUCGAGGUCGCCGGCCCCGGCAGCGGCCCGUGGGUCGUGCGCGCGGAGGCGUCCUCCCCCGACGCGGAGGUGAGCGUCGGCGUGGGCGGCGCCCCCGCGCCGCCGCGGGGCAGGAGGACGGAGGACGCCCUGCUGGUGGUCGCCAGGGCACCCAUCAGGGUCACCGUGGAGGCCUCGCGCCUGCCGACGCCCACCGCGUGCCCCCUGCUGCGCCUCCACCUCGUCGUGGUCGCUGCUGCGGACGUGCCGUCCUGCCCCGGGGCGGCCUCCGACGCCGAGGCUGCGCGGGGCGAGGCGCACAGGCGGCUCCACGACCUCUGGGAGUUCCAGGAGGCCUUCAAGCCACAGCGGGUCGACACCGCCCGCAUGCGCUACUUCUCGCACUGGCUCGCCGGCGCGGGCGUGGGCGCCACGGUCAUGUUCCGGGUCCGCUCCGCCACCGCGGAGCUGCGGUUCGAGCUCGGCGUGCAGCCGCCGUGGUUGCCAGUCGAGGUGCUCGUCGAAGACGCGGAGGGGGUGACGGAUGGCCUGUGGGCCCGCGCGCGGCCGAGCGGGGGGCGGUUGUCCCUGCUGGCACCGAGCUUGCCGAAGGGCCUGUAUAGGCUGCACUUGCGUUCGUGGAGCCGGGUCUGGAAUAGUGCGCAAGACUUCCCGCUGACGCAGCGCUGUGCGCUCGUGACUGGCGCGGUGGUGUUUCUUGAGCCGUCUGGGCGCGACGCGUCGAACUUUCGGCAGGAGAUGCUCAACCUUGCAGAGUUGCUGGCCGUCUCGCCAUUGCCCGCCUCACUGGCACCCUCAUGGCUCCGGCCACAAGACGAGCUGCUGGCCUCGCAGAUGUACGCCGUGCCUCCCAGCGGCGGCGACACCAUCUUGAAGGUGGACGGGCCCCGCACGCUGCGCCUGGUGGCCGAGCCGGCCGACAUCCUCGCGCCCAGGCUGAGCUUGGAGGUGCGGCGAGAUGGCCCGGAUGGUGAGGUGGUGGCCUACCCCUCCGCGCUGAUGGGGGGCACGCAGGUCGCCCUGAGUCGCUCCGGCACCUACCUGCUGCGGCUGAUCCCCAGUGGCGAGUCCGCGUGCCCAGAUUGCGUCCACCAGUCCCUGCCGUUCUACCUCACCGUCGGCCUCUCGGCCGUGGUCGCCACCACCCCAGCCGCCGCGAACUGCCCCUCCGAGCCGCCUCUCGCGGAGAUGCGUGCGCUCGGGAUGGCGCCCUCGGGCCUCGCAGCUGCGCGCAGCUGGCGGCAUGUCGGGCGGUUCCGCGCUCGCAGGCUGCCAGGCCCCAUGCUCGUCGACAUGUACGUGCCGCGGCCUUCGGUUGCCCUCAUCGGCAGCUGGUCCGACUUCGCCUCCCGGCACGUGCGCGUGGGCUUCAAGACCCAGGAGGGCGUCUGGGUGGGCGAGCAGCGGAUGGGCACGAGCGCCUUGGAGAUCGAGCUGCCCCCCGGGCACUACACCUUCCAGGUGGAGGAGCCCUCCUGGUCGACGGACACUGGCUGCAUGGACUUCGGCAUCAUCGUGAGCCAGGCGGCCCUGCGCCCCAGCGUGUCGCAGACCUUCUCGCCGCAGCUCCGCGCGGGGGCCCUCGCCGCCGCCGCACAGGGCCCGGCGGGCGCCGCCUGGUCCUUGAGCCUGGGCGCGCGGUGCGACGCGCCGGGUGCCUCGCCGCUGCCGCUGGACGCCCUGUCGCCGUCGGGCGGCUCGGGCAGCCUGGGAGGGCCGCUGGGGCAGGACGGCCGCCUGCUGCUGCGGCACCGCGUGAUGCUGACGAACAUCCACGACGGCCGCAAGAAGGUGUUCCUCCGCCCACGCGGCGGGUCGCUCCUCCGCGUCGCCGUGGUCUCCGGCGACGCCGGCCAGGUGGAGGUCGCCCUGGAGGACGGGGCGCACCGCCCCCUGGAGCCGAGCGCCGCGCGCAGCCACGGGGCCGCGGGCUGGUCGGCGGCCUACGAGCUCCGCCCCGAAGACGCUGGCGGCGUCUGGCUGUCGUUCCACCGCGAGCACCAGGACGCGCACGCAUCCGGCUGCGCCGCCUUCGAGCUGCUGCUGCAGGCGGCGCCCGCCGAGGACGCCGCGGCGAUGUCGGUCUGCCCCAGCCGGAGCAACAGUCUGCAGGAGCUGGCGCGGCGGGCCGCAGCUGACGGAUCGGCGGAGGGCGUGGUGAUGCCUUUUCCAACAGCUGUCGAGGUUGCCACGUUCGAUAUCGACGUGGACCAGGCGUCGAUUGUGGAGGUGGAAGUGCGCUUCAAUUUCUUGCUGUCCGACGUGCAGGUCUGGAUGCACGACGGGGCGGACGCGGACGAGGAGGCAGAUUCCGAUAUGGGCGCCGCUGGCGCCGCAGCCGAGCCGCUGAACGCGCGCGUGUCUUUGCUGCUCAGGCUGCAGGCCGGACACCACGCCGUCCGAGUACGUCACCGACCCGCGCUACCGGCUGACAAGUUUCACUCCGCCGCCCCCUGCUUUCCGCUGCGCAUCUCCAUACGGCGUGCGGCGUGGUCCGGCACCGCUGUGGUCGCCAGCGCCCCGGCGGCCCCCGUCUCGCGCGCGGGGGACCUGGUGCUGGUGCUGCUGUCGCCGCAGCAGGCCCCGAGCUGGAGCAUGCCCUCUGUUGCUGGCGCACUCCCGUCCAGCGCCACUGCCUUCGCGGGGGGCCUGGUGUGCACCUGGGAUGGCCCCGCGCUCGUGGACAUGGCUUUGGGCGGCCUCGGCCGUGAGCUGCGCACCGGCGGCGGGCAGGCCGGGACCGACAGCCCGCACAUGGCCCUGCCCGUGAGCUACGCCGGCGCGGCCUCUGGCGAGGUGGUGGUCCUCACGGGCGAGGGCGGCGGCCGCCCCUGGGCGGGGGGCCCAGGGCCCGAGCUGCUGCUGCCUGCGAGGCCCUGGCUGCUGGCGGCCGCGGCCGCCCGCUCUGGCGCCACGGCGCCCGUUGGCGCGGUGCCCGCUGCGCCGGCGGCCCCCUCC